CGAAGCUGUCGAGAAAGCCAAGGGCUGCAAGUGUUGGUCUCUUUGUCUUGGAGAGAGUGGAGAUGAUUGACAUUGUCAACAACAACAACACUGUCUGAGGCAAGCCGACAAUAUGGAAGGUCGCUCUGCCGUGUCAGGUGCACUUGGGCGACCUGCACCCCCUGGCCGUCGUCGCGGUGGCGUGCCACGGACAGCAAGCAGCGGGCGCUCCGUGCCGGGGCCCAGCGAUGCGGCUGAUGCGGUCGCUGCGUCGCCGAUCUUGGAUGGCCUGGGCCUGCCCGGCGUGGAGUCGCCCAUGACGCCACCUGUGCAGACUACCGAGAUUCCCAUCGAAGAGGUGGAGCAGGCCCUCGAGGGGCUCACGCGCGAGGACCUCGUCAUGGCUCUCAAGCGAGCAAAGGAACAAAUGGACCUCCUCGACCAGCGUCUCGAGGGCAACGUCGACACCAUCGAAGCGCUCCAAUCCAGCGUCGCCAACCUUUCAUCUCAGCUCCGUCUCUCGGAGGCCGAAAUCGACUCGCUGAACGGGGCAGUGGCGCAGCGGGAGGAGCGGGUAGACGAGUUGAUGAGGGAGCAGGAGCGCAUGGAGGACGAGGUCUAUUCGAAGCUGGGCAUCGUAGAGAGGCUCCGCAAACAGCUCGACGAGAGCGAGAGGAGCAAGGCAGAAGCGGAAAGACGAUACACCGAUCAGACGACAACUGCGGACAAGGAACGACAGUACUAUGCGGAUAUGGAGGAGCUACUCCAGUCACAAAAGGCAAAGGCCUCCUCACAGCUUGAGAAGCUGGCGUCGUCGAACCACGAGCUGGCGCGGGAAAACGAGCGCAUGCAGAGGCAGGUCACCCAGCUCAAGGCCGCAGCGAGAGGAAGCUCGCUGUCUCCUGGACCCGACUCGCUAGACGAUGACGAGGAUGACGAGGCUGGCCAAGAUCCGCCAAGCCAAGACGACAGUAUGAUCGGGCAAGGUGACGAGAGCCUGAGCGAAGUCGGCAACGUCUCGGCAUCUUCAGCGGGCUCGAAGAGGCAGCUUCGGCGUACUUUGGAGGACGAGGCCCGAGCGGCCGAACUGGAGUCUCUCCGCGCUGAGCUGGCAUCUCUGCAGAAGUCGCACUCCAGCCUGACGGCGACGAUGCAGCAGCUGCAUACCGAGCUGCGCGACGUCAAGAUGACCAACGUCGACCUGCGCGAGCAAAACGAAACGUACAUCGACAUUCUUCAGGAGAAGACACUAAGUGGCGCCCUCAUCAGCGAGUCGGCUGUCUUGAACCGGCGCUACAAUGGUGUAACUGGUCGAUCGGGUGAGGUGUCCGAGAGCGAAGAGGGGAGCACCGAGGAUGACGACGACGACGACGUCGAGGAUGACGAUGACGAUGAAGAUGAUGACACAAGCGGUGCAGACAAGGACGAUGUCGACGACGUGCCCGACGUACCUAGGGAGAAGAGGGAGAAAGCCAAGGAACGAAGGCGCAAGGGACAGACCCUCAAGCCACGUCCAUCGGCGACCCUUCUCAACCCUCCGACGAGUCUGGCGAGCGAAUUGGAAAAGACUGACGACGGGGAAGCGGGCAAGCGGCGCGAGAGGAGAAGAGAACGGAGCGAAGCGUUGACGGACAAUGUCGAGGAGCUUCAGAAGGAGGUGUGGGAGCUCCGCGACGCCAACCAGGCAUUGACACUCUACGUCUCCAAGAUUCUCGACCGAAUUAUUGCACGCGAAGGCUACGAGAACAUCUUGGCUGCCGAUCAGGAUGGCAAGCGGAGCAUGCGAGGCACCAGCAGCCGUCUGCGAGGGCAGAGGUCCCGACUUUCGAAUCUGGCGACUGAAUUUGACGCAGACAAGGACAAGGCUACAAGGGCACAGAGCGGCAGCGGACUUCUGGGCUUUGCUAGAGCAUCCCCCGGCUCCAAUGGGUCAGACCCAGCCUCUGCGACUACGCCUACGACGGCCAAACCGCGCCGAACAGGCUCUAUAGAUUGGAGGGCGUUGCUGGGAGCCUCGUCGUCUCCCGCUUCACCACCCAACAAAGACAAUCCUAAUCUUCGACCACUGGCGCUUUCAAGUGCCGCGGCACCUCCCGCUCCUCGUCGCAUCUCGACGUCUGAGGAACAAGAGGAUGCCAUUGACAUUGAGGAGCGCGAGCGGAUCCGGGCAGCACUCGAAAAGGAGGGUCUCGAUCUGCCAGAGCAUCAGCUGAGGAGCCCGAGAAGCCCGAAUCUGCACAGGCAGAGCACUAGCAUUGGCACAUUCUUCUCGCGCGUAAUUAGUGCUAGCAGCAACGCCAGCGGAUCGUACGCAGAAGCAGGGCCGUCUGCGACGCAGACUGACACGCCCAAGAGCAGCGGCCACGCGUCUGGACCGAGGCUUGCCACUUUCGAGCCUCAGCCGGCAACGGCGGCGGCACAGUCGAGAAAUCGAUCGACGAGCGUGGCAAGUAGCAACUCCUCGCUUUCGAGGACAGAACAGCGACAGCGUGCACUCGACGCCAACGGAGCUGGUGCGAGCCUGACACAGGUUCCGGCUCGCGGUAGCGUGUCGGCUAGGCAUCGCUCGAGAAGGGAUGGAUCUUCGACGCUGCUAGACAUCGCGAACGGCGGUGUCGACGGGAGCAAUGCUCUCCACCUGGACACGAGCCGGAGCAGCAGCGUCGCAGGCGAUGAGAGCUAUGCGCAGCUGAGCAGCCCAACCUAUUCGUUGUCGAAGAGCAGCAACGGGCGCGAGAUCGACUUGGCACCGCCAGCGGCUCAGGAGGAGCCUGGGUGGAGAAAGGCUCUCAAACGGAUGAGUCUGCUCGGUGGUGAGGCUCCCCCGUCUGGUUAGGAACGCCCUUCUUAUUCAUCCUACACAACCAAGCCAAGUUUCGACCGACUCACUCAUAUCAAGCGAUGAUUCCCACCUUUCCAAGUAUAUACCAUUACUCGUGGUCCUUGUCUUUCCACUCUAGGGUUCAUUUGUUGAUCAAUCAAUAGACGAUGUCCUCCAAAGUUGGUGAGCAGGACGAACGAACGAGGAGAGGAGUCUUGAGUGUGAUGUAGCUUUUUUCUUCGGGACACAUUUGGG